AUGGUCAUGCUGAGCGUCUGGUGGGGAGUUCAUGGAAUCUACCGCUUCGAACUGCUGCACCCGAAGCUCGACAAUGUUCGAAUGCUGCACGAUAACGCGCGCCCUCACAUCGCGAAGAGAACUUCCCAGAAAAUUUUGGAGCUCGGAUGGGAAGUUCCACCGCACCCACCGCACAGCCCAGACAUGGCCCUGAGCGGCUACCAACUCUUCCGGUCGUUUCAGCAUCACCUGGAAGAGAAGCGCUGCGAUGAUCGUGACCACCUCGAAAAUGACCUUCGGGCUAUCUUCGCCUCCAAGUCGCCGGAGUUCUACGCCAAAGGAAUCCGUGAUCUUGUGAGACGUUGGCAGAAGAUUGUCGAUGUUGAUGGAGAUUAUUUCGUCGAAUAA